AUGAGAGAAUGGAAUACAGAUAUAAAGUUACACAAGCCUAUCAAACCAAUCCUUAAAGAAUCUCUUAAAUCAGAAAAUCUAGAAGAUUUAAAACAAAAACGAAAGAAUAAAAAUAUUUCUAAAUUAAAAAAAUAUAAAAAGCGUCAAUUAAAAAAGAAACAUUCAAGUAAACAAGCAACAAAUGAACAAAAAAUAAAAACAUCUAAUGAAAUACAAGAAGAGGCAUUAAACUAUUUAAGAAUAUGGCAUGAAGAUUAUGAAAACUGGAAAUUUAAAAAACUUCUACAAUCUUGGUUAAUAAAAAAUGUAUUAAAUAAAAAAAUGGUUCCUAGUUCAGAAUUCCGAAUAUUUAAACAUUAUAUUAAAGGACUAGUUGGAUGUGCUCGACAAAAUUUAUUAAAUCAGUGCUCAAAGAUAAUCGAGGAACAAACUGAUGGGUUGGAGACAUGUACGGAACUUGUAAGCAGAGGAGAUAUGUCACCGGAUAAUAUUCUUAGUCAGCAGAAGUCAGAAUAUUCUACUGCUAAAAAACGUGCCAAGAAAAUAUUUGCAGUUUUAUCAAAGACUUCUGAUGUUCAAUAA